CCUCUGGCCUCUUCCUGCCCGGUUUCCCUCCCGAGGGCGCGUGGGAGCGCUGUGCCUGCCCGGAGUCCUGCUGGCGGAGCAGCCGCGCCGGGGACCCUUCCUCCCCCGGGUGCAGGGCAGGCGUUCUUUGCCUUUGUUUCCUGUGUUAUCUAGCGCCCAGGGGGCGUCCCUCCGCCUGCUGCAGUGGACUGUCCUCCCUCUGAGCUGGUCGUGGGCUGCCCUGGACAGUCCUGCUUGUUCUUUUAGGUGGGACCCGAAAAAGCACCAGAGACAAUUUCAAAAGCUUCUCUCCCUAACGUAGGGUCACCAAGGAAAAGGCUUUUCUGAGCACUUUCCGGAGAUGCACUGAUCCAGACAGCCUCAGUGUUUUUUCCCCUGCUGGCCUUUGUGUCUGGCUUCUCAGUGCAUAGGACUCAGGGCACAAUGUUUGCACGAGGACUGAAGAGAAAAUGUGUUGACCAGGAGGAAGAUGGGGAGGGUGCCUUGGCUGGCUUUGGCACUAUUCCUGCCUAUAGCCUACAGCGACAGUCGCUCCUGGACAUGUCCCUGGUCAAGCUCCAACUCUGCCACAUGCUGGUAGAGCCCAACCUCUGCCGCUCAGUCCUCAUUGCCAACACAGUCCGACAGAUCCAGGAGGAGAUGAGCCGGGAUGGUGCGUGGCGAGGGGCAGCACCCCAGAGUGCAGAACGGGUGCCGCUCGACCGCCUUGUGUCCACGGAGAUCCUGUGUCGCACAGCAAGAGGGCCAGAGGCAGGGUGCCCUGCUCCUGACCUGGGAGAUGACCCCUUGCAAGGUCCAGUUUCUGAACUUUCCACAGUCAGCUCAGCACAGGUGCCAAGGAACACUCAGAGUAGCCUUUGGGAUACAGGCAACCCUCGAGAAAACAGAGGAAGCUUUCAGAAGUCUCUAGAUCAGAUAUUUGAGACCCGGGAGAACAAAAGUCCCAGCGCUGUGGAGGAGUUGUUCUCAGACGUGGACAAUUCCUACUAUGACCUGGACACUGUGCUGACAGGAAUGAUGGGUGGCACUAAGCCAGGCCUCUGUGAUGGGCUCGAGGGCUUUGCCUCGGCAGCCUCACCUCCCGGCUCCAGCUGCAAGUCCGACCUGGCCGAACUGGACCAUGUGGUGGAGAUCCUAGUGGAAACCUGAGGCCCCCGGUGGGCCACGGAGAAGGCCACAUGCCCCAGAGAGCUUACCUGAUAUACUGUGGCCCAUGUAGAAACGCAGGGCACCAGUCCUGUGCAGAGUUCUCACCACUGCAGCCUGCGUCCUGGCCCUGUGGGGCAGUCUGUUGAUUCUGAGAGUGUCCUGGGACAGACUCAAUGGCUCCGGCUCUGGCAGCAGAGGCCGGGGCUGGGAGCUGGAGCUUUCUGAA